AUGUUGAGUCCGACAACAGCAACGUCGGGCUAUUUGGUGCCGCACUCGGCGUUUAACAGCACGUUUGAAAAUGUCAUGUUCCCCGUGCGCACUCUAUACUGCCCACCGGUGCCACCGUCCAUGUUAAUGGGACGUUACAAACCACCGCCGCGGCCCGGGAGAAAAUACCGCAACGAUCUGUCGCUCGCAGGUCCACGGGAUCAUUGGGCGCAGACUCAAGUGGCACGCAUUUGGCGCGGCGUCCUCACCCGCCGACGUCUGCGCAACGAGCGUAAUCACUUUGAGGUGCGCACUUGGCGUGCCAUUAUGAUUCAAUGCUGGUGGCGGCGUCUUCGCGCCAUCUGGCGGCGUCGGUUCUUGCGGGGACUGGUGGAUGAGUGGAUUGUGAGUCGUCGUGAGUCACUGUUGGCGGAGCGACUGAGGGGCUACGGGGUUAUGCUCUCAUGGCAACGCAGGCGAUUUGAGAACGCGGUAAUAAAAUUGCAGCGCGUAUUCCGCUGGUAUCUCAGUCAACGAACGAAUUUUUUUGCGGACGCCACGCAGCCCCCACGUGAGAAGUUGCCGUUUCCACUUCGAAUUCAAAAGAAGGUUUACUUUCCCUGGCGAAGGAGAGAGGAGGCGAAGGACGGGCCAAUAAAAGCAGCAGGCGGCAAUCUCGGGCCACAAAAAAAAGAACGCUCCACUUCCAUUCAGUUCCGAAAGUCUCGAAGGGAGCCGCAGCCAACAAGUGUGGAGGAGGCAAAGGUGAUCAAUGACGCCAUGCGGGAGCGCGAGGCGCGGAAUGCACUAAUUCUUUCCCAGCCCGAGGUCCAAGACCGCAUGCAGUGGAAACGUGAUGGCCUCCUCUUGAAUGACUUUGAUCACAACGCGGGGAUGAUUCAGCGGUUCGUGAGGGGUAAGUGGAAUGUGUGGGAAAAAGUGACGCGAAAGGUGACAUCAGACUAUUUCAACGAUAAGGUGUGCAUCAUUCAACGCUCAUUCCGUGUCUUUAAAACUCUUCGACACAUCACUCGGGUGCAAAUAUCUGUGGAAAAUCGUGCGGUGCGGAGGAAUCAGGCCUACGCGAAGGAAAAGUUGGCGCGUAUGGAAGAAGAAAUUGCAUGGCAGUACAAUCUGCUCAACAACGCGGCACGGACUAUACAAAUGUUGUGGGCGUACUACAAGCACAAAAGCCGGCAGACCGACCCGUUCAGGGAGGCUGGGGACACCGCCGCCGCCGCACAACCACCGCCGCCACCGCCGCCGCCGUACAACUUAAUAUUGGAACACAUUGCACGCGAGCGGGCUUUGCGCAUUGCGGCGAGGUCAAAGAUGGAAACUGCGAUGGAGGAGGCAAGGAAAAGAGCCCGGCGAAUCUACAAGCGGUACGUUCCGGAGUCCAUUGAAGUUGUUAGCGGGGAGGGAAUGCUUUUUUCUACCGCCCGUGACAAAACGGAGCAAAAUGAGGGAAGAAUAAUUUUUGGCCCCGGCCUGAUGUAA